CAGAUGUGUCUUCUGGCACGGGGAAGUAGUUAGCACAUUCACAAUCAAAUGAAUAUUAGUCAUUUGUGUGGGUGGCAUGUUUUGCCUGGCUUAAGUAAACAGACCUGGCUUAUAUUUUGUUUUGGAACAGAUGAUGGUCAGUAACCAGUGAGAGUUAAGGUUGUACUGUACAUUGUAGCAUAUUGCAUGGUGAAAACCGCAACAGGUUAGUGUAAUUUCAACUGGUGUUUGGAUCAUACACACAUUGCUACUCAAUACUGAGGCUCUUUUUAAAAACCUGUAAUAUGUGGAGACUUUCAUGUAAUCAUAAAGCCAACCUUGUUUAAUGAUUGUGGGAUGAAUGUCCAAACACAUCUAAGUUUGUUUGCAUUUGAAGGUUAAGAUGAGAGUGUGUGUGUGUCUGUGUUGAGGUGCGGGUGUCAUACAAUACUUCAAAUCGGGUCCUUCAUUUAAAAAAAAACAAAAAAACAUUAAGGUUGGGAUUUGAUGUCUGUGUCUGUUGUGUGUUGUACUGGUGUGUGCCUCAGGGCACUUCUCUCAAACACUGCCCACACACACAGACACACACACCUUAAUGAUAACGGUCAUGACGCCCGCUGCCUUGGCACAUUAGCCCCCCGCCUGCAGAUGACAAGCCUUUUAGGGUGGCCCGCUUCAUAGUGCAGCUUGUUCACUUUCUAUUUUUCCCCUUCAUCUUCUUCUCCUUCCUCACUGUUGCUGGCUGGAUUCAGUCAGACAUUCAAACACACAGACACACACACAUUCACUUGCUCGCCUGCUCACUCACUCACUCACAAGCGCACACCAUCUCUCUGCAAAUUAGUCAGGGAACAAAUUACCUGCAUUCGGAGUGUGAUCCCACGCACUCUUCCAUCUGCCUCACACAGGUCCCCCCUUUUGAAGAGCCGCUCGGCGCCCCGCGGGCCCCCUGGCUCCUGCCACUGAUCCUGGAGUUGAAUUUUUAAAACUAUGCAUGGCUUCUGCCUCGGCUCUUAUCAGCUCAGGCACAAACGGCAUGCAAAUCAGGCUGGGAUUGCUCACCACCACCACAGCCGCCGCCACCACGAAGACCAGCAGCACUCAAAGGCAGGCUUAAUUGCUAAUUGAGUAUCUAGGUGUGAAACCGACACCUCCAACUUAGAAGUGAAACAUGGAUGUUUUAAAAAAGCCGGGUUCCUUUUGUGACACACUUGGUAAUAAUUUAUUCACAACCUUCUUCUGAGCUCAUGGGUGCAUUUUCUCUCAGAUGUUUGAGGGAAAGGAAGGCAGUAGGAGUUUGACUGGUCUACGUUUGAGGGUUAUUCCUGAGGAUGCUGGGUUUAAAGUUGCUUUCAGCAGUACAUUCUCCAAGAACAUGUUACGCCUAUGUGCAUCUCAUAAAGAAGCUGAAUCAGUUUAUCCUUGGUUUUUCAGAAAUAUGCACAUUUUAGUGAAGGGUAUUUAUUUCAUAUACACAAAAUAUUUAGUCUUUUCUGAAGCCAGUGUUUUUUAGAACAGAGCUAGCCUAUGAGGUCAUGGCAAUCAGACCUGUCUCCUAACAUAUUUGUGCAAAAUCAGUAAUAGUAGAAAUAAUUGUUUGAUUUGAAUAGAACCCAAUCACAUUUAAACUAUUAUUGACAAUUCUAGCUUCGAAAUGCAUUCUGUGGAUCAGAUAACCCCAUUUAAGAUUAGGAAUAAUUAUGUGCAGGCAUAGUUCACAGAGGCUGUGGCUAUUUUCUAAAAACAAAUGCCUGUAUGCAUAGUCUGCCCAAGCUUAUGGAAACCAAAAGGAAAAUGGGGGAGUUUGCUGUAUAGAGAAGGUCACUACUGCCCUGAGGGUAUUUGGAUAAUGUAGAGAUUUCUGGAUUAGCAACAGGAGGUGGGUUUUAUUCACAAAGUUACUAUCAGACUGCGUUGUAGCCUACAGUUUAAUCCACUAUGUACUGUGGCUUAAAUACUUGUAAUGUUAUUCCCUCCGCACAGCUACAGUUUUGCCGCAUUGCCUUAAACGCUGACAAUAUGUGGCAAAUACCCCGGGCAAUCAUUUGAAAUAUGAUCCAUUCAUUGUGCUGGGAAAUGUGCACGCCUUCUGAUGUGCUCUACUCGAAAGUGUGGAUCUUCACCUGAAGCUGUUCCUGUGCGUUAGACAGAGAAAAGCGCUUGAGAGCUGGAGGUGAAACAACGAACUCACGAUGAAGAACCACAAAUGUAUAUAUUAGACGCGUGCGUAAUAAGAACAGAUGAAUGAAUUUUAAACAAAGAAGGGUCACAUUAUGGGACAGGACUUUUACGAUACCUUUCCGUAAUAUUCAUUUCGAAUUUUACCUCGGGCAGUUUCUGAAGCCUUAUCACUAGACGAAAGGGUGGUUCAUAGUGGAUAACAUUUCGCUGUAAGGAACCCGUUUUAGUUCAUCUUAUCUGUCCCAUUUAGUAGGCUACUGUCGCUGUUAUUCCGAAGGAUGGUAAGGCAAUACACGAGGAAACCGGUCUGUCUUUGAGUCGACUGCAACUCUUAUGGAUUUGAUGGUUAUCAUGGACUUAACGAAUCAUAAAACGAAGACCCGACCACCCUCUUUACCUUUCUUGGAUGGUACUGGACAGGCUGUAGCCAAAAGACUUCGUCCGACAGAAUACAGAGAUUCCGCGAUUGUGAUAUCCAUGAGUGACGGUGCCCUCCCACGUGAACAAUCUGCCCCUUUGACAGUGCAGGAUAACCGGUCCAAUAUGUCCAGACCCAUGAUUACCAGAUCACCGGCCUCUCCACUGAGUAACCAGGGCAUCCCCACUCCUGCCCAGCUCACUAAGUCCAACGCACCAGUGCACAUUGACGUUGGUGGCCACAUGUAUACCAGCAGUCUGGCCACGUUAACAAAAUACCCCGAGUCCAGAAUUGGCCGUCUCUUUGAUGGCACAGAGCCCAUUGUCCUGGACAGCCUCAAGCAGCACUACUUCAUUGACAGGGAUGGUCACAUGUUCCGCUACAUCCUCAACUUCCUCAGGACCUCAAAGCUCCUCAUCCCAGAUGACUUCAAAGACUACAGUCUGCUGUAUGAGGAGGCCCGGUAUUUCCAGCUGCAGCCCCUGCUGGCUGAGCUGGAGCGCUGGCGCCAGGACAAGGAGCUGAGCCGGGUGUCGCGUCCCUGCGAGUGCCUGGUGGUGCGAGUGGCGCCGGACCUCGGUGAGAGGAUCACGCUGAGCGGGGACAAGGCUCUCAUCGAGGACAUCUUCCCCGAAAUCGGAGACGUCAUGUGCAACUCCGUCAAUGCCGGCUGGAACCACGAUUCCACUCAUGUCAUCCGCUUCCCCCUCAAUGGCUAUUGUCACCUCAACUCUGUUCAGGUCUUGGAACGGCUGCAGCAGCGAGGGUUCGAUAUCUCAGGUGCAUGCGGUGGUGGCGUGGACUCAUCCCAGUUCAGCGAGUACGUGCUGAAGAGGGAGCUGCGGCGGGCCCAGCGAGGCCUUCAGAGCAACAGGAUAAAACAGGAGCAGCUGGACUAAAGACCUCCAAGCAUCAGGGGGCGCCGGACAUUUCAACUACCACUGAAGCACAGACACUUCCUGUGUGAUAGGUUUUUUUUCUUUACUUCUUUUUUUUUUUACGUAUAUAAGGAAAAAAAAAGAGAAAAAAGUGCAACUGAAUUUUUUGCCACAAGAAGAUACAGAACAUUUGAUGACUUUUUAAAUCAUCAAUUUCCUUGUGACUUUCCCUUGAAGACUAAAUAAAAUUCCCCAGAUGAAGUUUGUUUUAAAACUUUGAUGCUACAGUAUGAAAAAAAGAAAUCUAUGUAUAUAAAGGCCAAACUGUUCAAAUACGAUAAAAAAAAUGAAGUUUGUUAUUACCACUGAUAUUUUAUUAUUACAUGCAACAUUCCACAGAGUGAAGUCAGAAGAGUUUUGCAAGAAUUCUCUCUCCGUAUGUGAUCUUUAUGUUUUCCAUGUUGUUUUUUAGGCAGUUUGUCCAUUGUUUUUUUCUUCUGGACAAGUAACAUGCUAAAAUUAACAGUUGAAGUAUGUAAAGAUAGCUCAAAGAACUUUUAUGGACAAAUCUCACAGUAUGCCAGGAUGUCAUGGCACAUUCUCCACUCAUUAAAAUAAAAAUGAAUAAAUAAAUUAUGGUAACCUGAU